AUGUUUCUUUUGGAGAGAUUUGAGGAGAAUUGUGGACGAGAGUUGGAUUUCACGGUGGCUAGAUAUUGGGCUGGUCGACGAAAUGUGAACUCGGUGAUGAGUCACACCGAAAAGAGAAUGAUGCAAAGAGCAGCGUAUUCGAUUGCGCAGAAGUUCGCAGAGACUCAUCUCUUCAAGAAUUACCUCGAAGAUGUUUCUCAACAAGCAAGACAAAUCUUGGAGACAUCACAAAGAACUCAGCAGAUUUCCAAGCCAGUUGACGAGACGGCGUUGUUUUUGAGUCAAAGUUGGAGUCGUCCAUUGGAUGGGACAACGAGAAUCGAUUUUGAUCGUUUCGCCGAUGAGGAGGCGACUCUGGAGGAUCGAAAAUGGGCUCUAUCAAGCCUUCUCGGCCUACCUGGAUCCCAUUUUCUCGAGGAAACUUCACUCAAUCCAUUCAUCCAUUCACUUUUUCAAGCGUUACCGUUAUUAUCUGAUGAAAUUUUCCCAAUGUUCACAAAGUUGUUGAAGUGCGAGGAAGAGGAGGUUCAACACAUUACUUUUGAAAGCUUGGCAAAAUUCGCAUUUGGUACUGAAGUGUUGAAUCUUUCCGAGGAGAUCAAUUUGAAAUUUGUGGAUUUUUAUGGACAGUUACUCCUUUCAAUGCCCGAUCAAUGGAGACGAGAAUCGCCUGAUUUGAUUGCGAAGAUGAUCGUCUCGUUCUUUCAACAAUUCAAAAUGGAUCACAAAAUUCUGAAUUCUCUAAAUAAGCUAGAUGCUUGGCCUAAAUUUUUCAUUCUCUGGUGGUCGAUUCUUGACAUUCGAUUGAAGAUUCAGCCAUAUGCUGGAGAGCUGAUAAAAGAGUUUUUGCGAAAACUAAACGAAGAAGAAAAGACACCAUCUCCUUCGCAGCCUUCCACCCCAACUCUUCGCAUUGAUGGCCGAAAAUCUCGCAAGGCACGGUCAAUUCUGCACAAAGCUCUUCGCCCAUUGCGA